UUGACUCUUCGCCUCGUUCCAAACCUUCUCCUUUCAACGAUGCGGUCUGCAGUGAUGUUCUUGCUGACAGCGGCGCUGACGCUGCUGAUGUUGCAGGAGAGUGAGUGCACUGUGAGCUUCGCCGCUCUGAAGGCUCUGAAGUACAUUGGACUGGCUAAGCUGAAGAAGGGAAUCUUGGGAUCUUCGGAGAACUCUGAAAGUGGACUCAAGGGUCCGGGUUCAAUCCGGGACCUGGUGGACUCUAGCUAUGACCACCGUCACAACUUCGGUCCGGCCUUGUACACUAGUGGUGGCCCCCCUACUUACUACGUGGGCGGUAGCCCGUCUGGCUACUACGGGGGCGGUCCUGCCUUCUACAUCGUCCCCGCAGCCUACUUCGACAGUUACCACGGCAGAGGCAAGAGAGACACUCAGGUUGUGGCUGCUGGACCCGUCCCCGGCACUCAGGAGAGGAUCCCUAUCGAUUCCUUUCAGGAGGGUCAAGAAGAGGAAUACUUCGGCGUGGUGGGUAAACUGGACGCUGACGGGUGUGUGUUGAGGCUGGUGUGUGAACUGGCCGGUGUACCCGCCAGCAGCCUCACCCACGACGAGCGAGUCAUCAUGGCUGUCUUCGACGACACGCCCGAAGCCCUGGCUAACACCCAGGCCGGCGCUAGGCUCAGGAGCUGGAAGGCAACAUACGAGCAGGCUGUGUGGCUGGGAAGAAGGUCGACCAACCCCAGCCAGAGCUGCGCCUCUGUGUACAAGACCUGUCCUGUCUCAGCCAAGCAGUUGAUGUUAGUGUUUUCAUCCGCUGAGAAGAACCAGGCCAAGAAGUCUUCCCACUAGCCACACGCUCCUCGCGGCCGCUGAGAAGAACCAGGCCAAGAAGUCUUCCCACUAGCCACACGCUCCUCGCGGCCGCUGAGAAGAACCAGACCAAGAAGUCUUCCCACUAGCCACACGCUCCUCGCGGCCGCUGAGAAGAACCAGGCCAAGAAGUCUUCCCACUAGCCACACGCUCCUCGCGGCCGCUAAAAUCCACACACAAAUCCCCGUCUGAGUCCCUCAAAUGAGGGACUCAAAAAGGGAUUUACAUUGAUGGGGAGGACGGGAUUAUCUGGGAGAAUGCGAGAGAGAAAAACUGCACUCGAGAUAGUAAAAAAAACGAGGUAGAAUGUUGCUCUAUGUAUAGAAGAGGAUCUCAGACGGAGGUCAAAAUAUACAGAAAGCUCUUCUUCCUUUUUUUUUCUUCUUGUGGGAUUUUCUACCCCAUUGGUCAGUGUUGAUGACACAUUGAUGUAUUCCCGUUUCUCAGUAUUGAUAACACAUUAAUGCAUCGAUAUUUAGAAAUAUAAAAUCCUAGUAUAUAAAUAUUUUGAAUGUGUAUAUAUAUAUUGUCUUUUUCUUACUCGAGAGUUUUACAUACAUCGUGUUUUAUAUACACAGUGUUUUACCCAGUAUUGCAGACAGUUGGUAACAUGUGAUCAAUCAGUUCAACACUGCCGAGGUAAACACUGUGAGUGAACUUCGAGGAAUUAGAAAACCUGAAACUGUUUCAGAAGGUUCACACGACGCCCCAGUAGAACUCUGGUAGAUGUAGUCAGCGGUAGUUUGUUGCAACGUUAGUGACCUCAUCAACGUUAGUGACCUCAUCAACGUUAGUGACCUCAUCAACGUUAGUGACCUCAUCAACGUUUCACCUUGGCAAUGUUAUUAUUUUGGUUUAUCAACGAUGUUUUGUUUGUAACUUACGCCAGUGAGAACGUUGACGACCCCAGCGCCAGGGAACGAGUUGAGUAGCUGUAAUAUGAUACCACAAAGUUUCGCCCAAGAUCUUUUAUAAUCUUGAUUGAUACGUUUCCUUAAUACAGCCUUGCCCUGAUCAGAACGCAGAGUGCCUUCCAUCCUUCAUAAGGUAUGGGGCACUCUGCCUUCCAGCCUUCAUAAGGUAUGUGGCACUCUGCCUUCCAUCCUUCAUAAUGUAUGUGGCACUCUGCCUUCUAGCCUUCAUAAGGCAUGUGGCAGUCUGCUUUCCAUCCUUCACACUGCUUUCCAGCCUCCAGGACUGUGGUCCAGCCUCACAUUAGCUUGAUGCCUGAACAUUUGCUCACGUAGAGUCAAAGUAGAAUCUCUGGACUUGGUCACACAUGUACUUCCAGACUCUAAUUACUUAAGACUGUUUACAUCAAUGUAUUAAUGACGAAUUACCUU